AAACGAUGAGGACCACCAAUAUGACAAGUCGUACAAAAUUUUCUCUGAGAUAAUCAUCCAGCAACGAAUUAUCAAGAACCAUGAGAUUUUAAGGAUGACCAAGUUACUUCAGUUGUUUUCAAAAAUUGUUAAAAAGCAUGAAGGGCUUGAAAUGACAAAUUACAGAACUGAUCAACUUAAGUACCGUUUAAGGAAGGACUUUCCACAGUUAUGCUUCCAUAAACCAUAUCGUAGAAAUCAAGCUGAGAUGGUGUUUACAGAGGAGUUGACUACCGGUAAUGUUCUGGAUCUUCUUUCCACCUCUGAGGAGGAAUCAUCUCCUGUUGACAGCUCAGAAGUAGAAAAUGAGUCGGAAGAAAUCAGGCCUAAAUUGUCUCAUAUGGAUCAAGAAAAACAAAGAACAAUUUACAAUGCAGGUACCAUUGUGUAUAAUGCUAUAAAAGCUUCACCCACUAUGAGUUCCCCAUGGCCCCCAACAGCUGAAGAUAUUAACCUUGAUGCAGUCAAGGAGAUGGUUCCAUUUCAAAUCUAUAACUUAAUUGCUUGGUGUGUCGUGCCACAGAUGAACCAACCCUGACAUCAUACGUUGAUGUUUCAAGUGAAAGCCACCUGAAACUUUUAUCAAUUUGUCAAGAUAUUGUGUACCUUACAUCAAAGGGAAAAAAGCAAACUCCAAAGUCUCUUGGUCUUGGUUUGACUGUCAGACAUCUGACAGGAUCAUCUAAGGUUUUAAAAUUGUUAAACAAGUAUGGUCAUUGUGCUUCUUGGGCAUGGUGCAAGUUUGAAAGUGUUAAGUCCAGGAUAAGUUGUCUUUUUCAGUUUUAUUAAAAUAACAGAUAUUAUGAGUAAAGUGUCAUGUAUAAUUAUGUAUUUUAAAUAUUGAUGC